ACAUAAGAGUCCAGGAUCUCGUAGUGGGCUCAUUUUUGUCUGGCAUGCACAGUGUGAGUCACUAACAGGGAAGCACAACCAAGUCUGGAAAAAUGAGAUACCUUCCUGCUUUGUUAUUGUUCAUGUGGACCACAGCUGUUGCCCAGGCAUUCAUCUAUUCACAUUUAAAGAAGAAGCAUCCAAUAUCAUCAGAGAAGGAAUUGCAAGAUAGUUUGGAUGAUGAAUACAUUUCCUUUCCAACAACACCUCCCCCAUUGCCAUUUGAUGUGACUUUCAAGGAUGAAGCAGAAAAAUGGCGUGAGUUUGCAGAAGGUAUUCUGCAGUGUGAAGGAAUGCAAUCCCAAAGGAAGAGACCUCAGCGUGCUGUACAAGGAGCCGGAGAUGGUUUCUCUGAGAUGUUACAGAGCUUUGCUGACUGGAUUAGUGAAAUCAGUGAUGAUAUGGAUAGCUACAAACUGACAUCAUUCGAAGAAGAUACUCAGAAUUUUGGUUCAAGAUCUCAGUCCAGGAAGCUCUCCUAUUUUGAUUUAGAUAUUGAGCCAAUGAAUUGGGAAGAGAUCUUUAGCACUCCACCCACUAAGCAUAAGAAACAGAAUUUCUGGGAAAGAUUCAAUCCGGAGCCUAAGCCCACAGAGAAACCUUAUGAAACCCCAGAUUACAGUGUCCUUUGUUCAGGAGAUGACUAUGAAGCACGUUGGUACAACAGGAGCGUCUGGGUGUCCACCACAGUAAUUGGCUUUACCCGGCAAAUAUCUGGGAUAAGGGCUUUUAGAAGGCUAUUUCAGUACAUCAGUGGAGACAAUGUACCAGGCGUUAAGAUACCGAUGACAGUUCCAGUGAGGACUAUAGUCGACACCACUUGCUCACCCUUCCAGAUCUUUAAGAAGUACACAUAUUCAUUCUACUUACCACAAGAAUUUUGGGAAAAUAUCCCAGAACCAACAGAUAAACAGGUAUUUAUUGAAAGGUCACCAGAACAGAUAUUCUAUGUGACCACCUUCAGCGGUUAUGUAAACAGCAUUUCCGUCUUGUACAACUUGAACAAAUUGCAGAAUGCUUUGGAUGAUGCACAAGAACCAUAUGUAACAGAUAAAUACUAUACCAGUGGCUAUGAUCCACCUACGAAAAUAUUAGAUAGAAGAAAUGAGAUCUGGGUUCCAUUUAACACAACAGUAACAGAUGGUCCAGUAUGUCUGACAUCACACUCUACAAAACCAAGUCCUUUGGAGCAUUGUAAAGAUAUUAAGUGCCCACAGUAUGAGGUUCUAGAGACACUUGAUGAUGGUGUUGAAUUGCGUCGCUAUAUAAACUUAACAACCGUAAUAAAGAAAUCCUUAACCUGUAAUUUUGUUAAUGCAAUGUCAGAAUCAUACUACCCUGUGCAAAGAUAUUUUGGAGGGUAUAAUUCUAGGAGUGAAGUGAUUCCACGUAUGGCUCCUGUGUUGUUUAGUGUUGAUCGCCCAGAUAAUCUACCGGUCACCUGUGCCGCUGUUUACCAAUCAGCUUUCAUUGUUCCUGACAGUAUGCGUGAUAACCUACCAGACCCACUUGAUGAUUCCAUUACCAUAGAAACCAUUGAAACACUUGAUGUAUAUGUGUACAUGUUUGAAGGCAAUUUAAAAGAUGAUUCAUUUGGCAAAUAUGAGAAACUGCGUGAGCUUGUUGGAUCCAGAUGCAUUGAGGAGUAUCCAUAUGUCCUUGCAGGUUAUGAAUCUCCCAAAAAACUUUUCAAUGCAAGAAAUGAGGUUUGGAUAAAAUUGUCUACUAGCUGUCAGGAAGACUCCACAGAGGAAGCACCAGCUACAACCAAUGUCACACCAAUGGAGACUACUAGAGAAAGGAUUGAACUGCCCUCUUUCACUGUCUUUCCAGAGGUAGUCCUUCAAAUGGAAUCUCAACCACGAGUUUAUGAAACACCAGAAUAUCAUGUUAUAAGAAAAGGUAACGAUUAUGAAGUACGUACAUAUAACCGUAGCAUGUGGGUCUCGACAAAAUUUAACGCCACCUACUUCCAAGCUAAGUGGAAACGUGGACAGGCCUUCCAAAAACUCUACUCCUACAUUACUGGCAAUAAUAAACAAGGUGUUGAGAUACCGAUGACUGUUCCAGUGAUUUCUCGCUUUGACCCACAAGAGUCAAUGACAACUACCAGCUACAAGUUCUCAUUUUUCCUUCCAAAAGAAUUUUGGGAUUCACCUCCUGAGCCAUUAGAUGAAGAUGUGUUUGUUGAGUGUAUGCCAGAUAGUACCUACUAUGCUCAUCAAUUUGGUGGUCUCAUGACAGAUGUCAUCGCGAAGGUUCAUAUCGAUAUGAUGAAGGACGCCCUCAAUAUUGCCAAUGAAACUUACAAUAAGGAUUACGUGAUUACAGCUGGCUAUGAUCGUCCAUCAAAAGUACUCAAUAGAAGAAAUGAAAUUUGGAUUCCAAUGGAUAGCAGUUCAGAAGAAAUGGAAUGCUUAGAAGAUAUUGAUAUCUACCCUACCAAUGAAUGCACUGGUAAUGAGUGCCCUGUGUAUGAAAUAUUGAAGAAAUAUGAGAACCAAAAUAUUGAACUACGACGCUAUACUGACCUAACCUUGGUUGUCAAAAGGUCGAAUGCCUGUAAUUACAGCGGUGCUGUCCGUGAAUCCUACAUGUCUCUUCACAAUUACUUUAAUGGUAGCAAUGUACUGAACAUGAAGAUACCUCGUACAGCUCCUGUGAUAAUUGGUGUAGACCGCCCUCGUGAUAGACCUCAAGAUUGCGAUGCUGUUUACAGAAUUGCGUACGUAGCUCCCGACAAUUACAAAUACCAGCUUCCAGAACCGAUAGAUGAGCUAAUUUACUUUGAAGUGUAUGACUCUCUUGAGGUUUUCACAUACACAUUUGGUGGAUACAUGUCCAUUGAUACAUUUAAAGAGUACAAUCAUUUGAAAUCCAUCCUCAAUGAGCCAUGUGUAGAGGAAUACCCAUUCAUAUUAGCAGGCUACAGCUCUCCAUGGCAAAAAGUUGACAGAAAGAAUGAAGUGUGGCUUACAUAUAAACCAGGCUGCAAUACCACCACAGAAAAUGCAAAUGAAGUUGUUGAAAUUACUGAGAAUGAUGAUAAUGCUGAUGAAGAUACUAAGCCAACGGCAGGACCAUGCAUUGCUGGUAUUCAAUGCCCCGGUUAUGAAGUUGUGGCUGUGUAUGGCAACCUGGAAGAACGUUCCUAUGAACCAGCUAAGUGGGUAUGCAGCCACUCUAGAACAUGUAGUAUUGAUUUUGCCACUUCUGAAAAUUUUGGGCGUCUUAACAAGUACAUCUCUGGUGCAGGUAACGUUGAGCAAAAGAAGAUUCAAGUGACAUCACCGGUUAUUCUGAAUAUGAAUGUUGGUGAAAUUGACAAAGUUUCCUGCAGGAAGAAAUAUAAGAUGUGCUUUUACCUACCUGAUGACAUCACCCCACCAACACCAACAGAUGCUAAGGUGUAUAUAAACGAAGACAAAGGGAAGGUUGUGUAUGCUUAUGCAUUUGGAGGUCGAGCUGGCAGCAUGAAGGUCAAGAAAAUAACAAAGCAGGCACUGCAAGAGUUUGAUAAGCUAGGCUUCUCAAGAAGGGACCAUGUGUACUUAUCACAGUACAAUAAACCCUCAGACACUAACAGACUUAACGAAAUCUGGAUAGUUAAAGACACUCAAAAGAAUUAGGACAGCGGCUCUCAAACUAUGGGUUGUGUCCCUAAAUUUGGUCGCCAAAUAAAUUAGAGGGAUUUUUUUAAGAACAGAAUUUAAUAUCAUGCUAAAAUUUGCUGUAGUAAGGAGAGCACAUUCUAAGUAUCAUAUAACAAUUUUAAUGAAUGACCAUUAUGAGUAUCUGUUUUUAACAUCCUGGGAAGUGGGCUGUGGCAAAUUCUCUUGACAUUUGUUUGGAUCGUUGACCAAAAGGUUUGAGAACUGCAUAUUUAGAACAAUCGUUAAAGGAUUCUAAUUUGAACUAGCUUUAGGUAGCCAUUUUAAUUUUAUUUGUAGUAAAAAAUAAUUUCUAUUUCUGUAAUUUAAUAUCAUUUUUAUUUUAAUAUUAAUAUUAUCAGUCUAAUCAAUGUAUCAAUUUAUAAUGGCAGUCAAAAGUAGUUUUCAUAAUUAGAAAUCUGUGGUAUUGUUUUAACAUUACAGUUUCUACCUUUUUAUGAUCGUAUUAAAAACUGUUGAUUGAUGUCUUGAUGGAAUAUCUGUAAUGAAUAAUUCGCUUUUAGUUGAUUCAUGCAAAAUGGUUCACAAACCAUAAUUGGUAUAAAGUAUUUGUUGAUUUGAAUAUCAUAUCACUAAUUUUGCCAAAGAACAAAAACAAACAUCAAAAGGGCAGGAUUGCAAGUGCAAUAGUACUUGCCAUUGAGGGACUUAUUUUAAGUCCAACAAAAAUAUGAUAUUCAAUUGAAUAAAAUCAUUACAGUACGUGUAAAUGAAUUUCAAC